AGCAAUUUGUUUUCUCCUCCUUCGCCACACACCAAGAGCGAACAGCGUCCGUAGCACAACAAGGCAGCACAUCAAGGAGCCCGAUAGAGCCACAAAGUCACGGCAUAGCAGAAGCAUCCGUGACCACAUCGUUAGCAGCAGCACCAUACCUUCAAACAUUGAGCCACAUAACUCCCCUGCAUAUUCCAACCCUCUACCUCCAGCCUCGAAAGCAUCGGCCAUGGAGAUCUUGCCGUUGGACAGCAUUAAGCCGAGUAAACCCAUCUUUGAUGAAGCAAAACCUGGAAACCUCUAUAGAAUGCGAAGAUGGUUGUCGUCGAAUCGUCAUCUUACCAAGAACGCGUGCGACGCCUGUCGGUCUGCCAAGUUGAAGUGCCAGGACUCGAGGCCCUGCAAGCGAUGCAUACAGAAGGGGAUGGAUUGCACAAACCCUCCCUCCAAACGGAGAGCAUACACCCCCCCAGAUGCGGAGGAUAGCGACUUUCUUUCCAACAUCUCUAGCGCGGCUCCAGCCAUGAGGGCGGUAGGGGUUAUCCAACGGUCGGACGACCCCUCCAUCACUUCGCCGGUGGAGCUCAUGGGUGCAGAUAGCAGCGAUAGCUACCCCAGGUCCUCCUUUCAGACGUGGUUUGAGGAGGCGCUGGAUCACGUGGAAGGGCUGAAGAGGAUGAAGAAGACGGGCUGACAAGGUGGAGGCGACGAGCUGAGAAAUUGUUCGAGUGAGCGCAAGUGACAGAUGAAAUUUUGUUUGAUCAAUGAAGUCUUUUACCACU